AGUGAUGUGACUGACACACAAACAAGACAUUUUUAUGCUGGCGGCAAAGGUUAUUGACCCCACACAUAACAUGAGGACUCCAACACUUUUAUGAGGAUAACCAGCAAUGAGAAGGUCUUGACUUGCUUCCACAUUGUUUGGUUUCAUGAAACGACAGGUCUUCUAGAAGCUCAUCUAUCGGCUCUGGCUAUGGAUGCUGAGUGUUUGGAGUGUAUGCCCUGUGUGCAGCCUGUGCUCUCCGCUGCAGAGGAGGAAAGCUGCGGGGAGGGAGAUGAUGAAAUUGUGGACAAUGAGACGGGAAGACUACAGCAGGAUCAGCUUCCAGAAACCCUCCAGCUGUGGGGCGAUGAGAAAGACAUCAUAUGCGACUUUGAACCACCUCUCAAGCCCUUCAAGGCAUGGGCUCCCACCGUCUACACCUGUUUUGACAAAGAGCAGUACUGGUUUGCAGGCUACCAAAUUACCAUUCAGGAAUCAAUUGAGGAAUACGCAGGAGUAGUCUGGCACGCAGCAAAGGCAUUAUGCCAUUAUUUGGAAGAAAACAGAGAAGAACUCAACCUGAAAAACAAGAAAGUACUUGAAAUUGGUUCUGGAACUGGCCUGGUAUCAAUUGUUGCAUGCAUACUAGGAGCUGAAAUCACAGCAACUGAUAUGCCCAACUGCCUUGGGAAUCUGAGAUAUAAUUUAUCAAGGAACACAAAAGGAAAAUGCCUACAUAACCCUGAAGUAAGAGAGUUGGUGUGGGGUCAAGACCUUGAAGCAAACUUUCCAAAAUCGUCUUGCCUAUAUGAUUACAUUUUAGCAGCUGAUGUUGUCUACCAUCAUACAUAUCUUGGCGAAUUAUUGGAAACAAUGAAGCACUUGUGCCAACCUGAGACAGAACUAAUAUGGGCCAACAAAUUCAGAUUUAACACAGAUUAUCAUUUCUUAUCGCAGUUCAAUACAUCAUUUGAAACAGAACUACUGGCUGAGUUUCCAGAUUCGGAGGUUAAAAUCUUCAAAGCCAAACAUAAGGCAGGCUAGAUCUGGUCUCCCAAAUCAUUGCAGUUUACUAUAUAUUUGCAAAGCAGCUAUGGCUUGGGUUUUUACAUUUACAAAUAGUAAGUCAAUGUUGUUUUGAUCCUUCUGUUUACAAGACUUGCUUGUUGAUGAUUAUGUGUUUUCAUAGACUUCUGAAACAUGUAACAUACUUCUUGAAGCCACCAAGGACGCUGUCCAGAGCAGAUGUUGCAAAACUAACACAAAGCAGAAUGUGCAGCAAUGCUGAUUUUCUUGAUCUGUUUACUAAACCCCCUUUUUUUUAUAUGACAAAUGUACGCACUGCUAUUUACAUUUUUUUGUGAGUGGUUGGUAUCCUUAUAAACACUAAAAAAUAUAGUUUGAUGUUAUUAACACCCCAAUAUGUAACAGACGGUGUUUUUGAGUAAUUAUCUUACUUUAUUUCAUAGUUGCUAUUAGCUAAACUGGUAGGGUCAGACUGGGGUGUGCAGGGCCCACCACCCCCAAGGUGCCCCCCGCUGGCCGCAUCACCCCCGCACCCCCCUAACCCACUGCAGGGUCCCCUGCCUGAUGUCCUCCCCUGAGCAUGCGUAAGUGUAACCUGUCAGGGGGGGACAUCAGCGACCAGGAGAAACUGCAACAGGGAUCGGGUCUGGGCCACCGGGUUCUUUGUCCCGGCAGCCAAUUCCGACCCUGUAUACUGGGGACCCAUAUGACAAUUUCUGUCACUGUUUUUCUAUUGACCUCCCUAAAGAAAGUGCAACUGUGUGACAAAAUGAUGCCUCUGGACUUUUGUGACAGUUAUGGUGAUGUUUUUAAAUAUAGCGCUAGGCGAUUUGGCAUGACAAUAUUCUGAUACAGGUAUGGGACUGGGUCCUGAGGUUUUCUGGAUAAGGGAUCUUUCCUUAAUUUGGAUCAUCAUACUUUAAAUCUACUUAACAAUCAGCAAAUAAACCCAAUAGGAUUGUUUCACCUCCAAUAAGGAUAUUUAGUUGGGAUCAAGCACAAGGUACUGUUUUAUUUUUACAGAGAAAAAGGAAAUCAUUUUUAAAAAUUGAAUUAUUUGUUCAAAAUGGCAUCUAUGGGAGAUGGUUGUCCCAUAAUUUCUGAGCUUUCCCGAUGACAAGUUUCCAGAUAACAGACCCAAUACCUGUAUUUUAAAUGGUUUCAUAUUUACCAAUUUCCCUCUGCACAUUAAGAAAAAAAAAUCUACAUGAUGAAACAGCAAACAACUGAGAUUGCGUAUUUUAUUGUUGUAAAAAAAAAUCUUAAAAUAGCAGUGUGUGUUACAUCUUUGUUCUGUGCACCGUUUUUAUCUUACAUUAUGUUAUUAUAGUUUGAUAAAUACACAUGUAUCACUUUACAAUACCUGAUUCAGAAGCAUUAUAUGUGUAUUGAUCAGAAGCAUUAUAUGUGUAUUGUCAACAGUUUAUUUUGCAAAUAAAAUGUUGGUUUUGCCUCAAUAAA